AUGAAUUUAUCAACUUACAGCAUUCGAUCAAGAAGCAAACGUACAUGGAGUAAUUCAAGGUAUAUUGAUAAUCAUUAUGAUUCUAAAUUACAUUCCACUCCAUUUCUCCCUUGUGGUUUAAAGUAACUAAGAUUUAAUUAUUAGUGAUUCAAAAUAAAUUGUUUAUAGUGACAUUGGAUUAAGUGAAAUUAGAACUAAUUGCACUAAACUUAAAAACUAUCAAGAUUUAGAACAGCGAAAUAUCUCCAUCAAGGAAAUUAUGGCAAAAUAAGCUAACUGGAGACCUUUUAUUGAAUUUCAAGAUAAAUCAGAUGAAAUGGUUGUUACGAUAGAAUAUUGGUAUCUAUAUUCAUUUUUAUUUAUUUAACUUUAUAGCACUAAUUGCAAAGAACAUUAGCGAUCAACUCGUCAUAAUGAAGAACAGUAUAUAUCUUAUGCUUUACUUAUUAAACAAUCUAUUCUGCUCAAUUAUCCUGAUAUCAAAGUUUAUCUAAAACCACUUGUUUUUGACAAUGAUAAAACUAUUAAUUCCCUCUUUCUCUAAAAACGUAUUGGAGCUUUCGAGGUUCAAUUUUAAUCGAGCGGUUAACAGUCCCAAUUAUUUAGCAAAUUGUAAUCAAAAUCUUGGCCAAAUGUUAAUGACAUUCUUAAAGCUAUUCAUUAACAAUUUAGAAAAACUAAUCUACUAAUUUAAUUAGUCUAUAAUGAUGAAGAUACAAAUUUAAAAGGAAUUAAUGUAACAUUGCAAUCUCUAUUAAACAAAUAACUUUCAUCAAGUUAACAUUUGCGUCCUUAAAGUAGAUUAUCAGAAAAUAGAUCAUGCAAAUCUACAUCCCUUCAUAGAUAAAGAGCUUUAUCUUAAUCUAGUAAUAUAAUCAGAUAUAGUGAGAAAUCUGAUUCUUAAGGAAGAGUUUUAUUUCUCAAUAUUCCUAUUGAUCGAUACGAAAUUCUAAUUCAAGAAUCCACUAACAAUUUACCUAUUAAUGAAAUAGUAAACUUAUAAGAAUUAGUCAGAACAGAUGGAGCAUAUCAUCAAAUUAAAUUAUUAAAACCUAAAUUAGCCUUAUUAACAGUUGAAGUAUUUGGUCCGCAUUAAUAAACAGAUGUGAUUAUUCCUUUUACUGAUACUCAAGUCAACGUCAUUUAGAAUUCAGAAAGGAUGUUACUUAAAGAAGUCUCUGAAAAUUCAGGAAUUUAUUAAGGAUUCCUAGAACCAGGCAGAUACACAAUUAUUGUAAGUAAAUAUGGCUUUGAAACUGUAUCCUAAUUUAUUGAUUUGAAUGGAGGAAACAAUAACAUUAAAAUAUAAAUUACAAAUAAAUCAACAGAAAUUUCUGCUCUUCUUAAUUAAAAUACCAAUCAAACAAUUAUCAAUUCAAGUUUCAUAUCUAAGAAAAAAAAAACUAUUAAACCACCAUAAUAAAUCAAUUUAAAAAUUUUAUCUCUUCUUGAAGUAGGUUAAAUGUACGUUGUUGAUUAUUUUACAGAUUCUACAAUAAACAAAGCUAAAAUUAUCAUUAGUGAUUCUGUUUCCAAUAAAGUUAUCACUUGCACUACUAAUACUUCUGGUCAUGCUAAAAUAUUAUUCAAUUCCUUAAAUAAAGGAUCUAUCAAAGUUGAACACGAAUAAUAUUAUACUCUUGAUAUCAAUUAUGGAAUCAAUGAAGAAAUUGAUUUAAAAAGUUCCAGAAAUACUUUUAAAUUGAUCAAAAAAACUAAAGUCUUGUCAAUUAUUUCUGAUAAUAAUAUUGAUAUCUAUUAAAAUGAUCAAAAGAUAAGAAAACAAUAAAAUUUAUAGAACAUUUGUUUUUUUGAAAUUCCUAGCGAUUCCACUUAAUUAAUUUAUAUUAUUAUAGAGAAUUAGAAAUAAUAGGAAUUAUUAUUAAAAGUCCUCUUAUAAGAUGAAGUAAUCAUUAUCAAAUAACCUGAUAUAGAUCUUUUAACUUUUCCAUAAUUUUGGAUUCUAGGUAUUUGUGGAAAAUUAGAUUGCCAAUUAUUACUAAUAAAUGAAAUUAUCUCACAUUUAGAAUUUAGAAAUUUAUAUGAUGAUUUAGAAAAACAUCAUUAAAAUAUUACUAAAGUAUAUAAUUCAGAAUGUUAUUAAAUUGAUUAAAAGUUAAUUUGGAAGAAUCAAGUUAUUGAUAUUGGUAAAUUACAAAUUGUUGAUGUUCUAUCUAAUUUUGAUGAAUAGCCUAUCAUAUUUACACAAUAAAAUGCAAUUCUUGAAGGUCUUCAAAUAUAAUUGGGACCUUUCUUAUAAGAUUAAUAAUGUAAUAUUAUAUUGAUGAAUUAAUAAGUAAUGCCUUAAUAGCCAUUUAAAAAUAACAAUAAUUAAAUAAUAAAAGUAUAAAUAAUUCAUAAGGAUAUUUAUGUUUAUUUUGAAAAUAGUGGAUUUGUUGCUAUUUAUAAUUCUUCAUUAAAAUAAAAAGGAUAUGUAAAAUUAGAUAGUUAUCAUUGUCAAGAUUUUGAUUCUACCCAAUUGAUAUCUGUAGGAUAAUCAUAUUUAACAUUAUUUUAAUUAUAGAUCACUUCCAUUAAUGUAUUGUUUUCAAUAAAAAAAUAAAGUGUUUGCCAUAACAAAGUUAGGAUAAGUUAAAAUGAUUAAGAGUAAUAAAUAAUACUUUUUGGAAGAGAGGAUGGAGUAUUAUCAUUUUACAAAUAUACAUUGGAAGAAGUAGAUCAUAUAAAAUUAUCAAUGGACCCAUUAUAAUAAAUUAUACUUUCAAGAAAUUAAAUUUAUGUGAGGGAUAAUUCAAUAAUUUAUUUACUUGAAUAAGAUUAAGAUAAGCGAUAUAACUUCAAAAAUCAAAUAUAGAUAUUUAAAAAAUAAAUGUAUUUAAUAUUUGAUUUUUUAGUUUACAUAUAAAUCCUUAAGAAUUAUGUUUAUAAGUGUUAACCAAUAGCCAUUUAUUGUUUUAUAAUGAUAUUUCAACACACAAGAAAUAUCAAUAAGAAAUUGAUCAUUCGAGAUUAAUUUUGAUUGGAUCAGCAAAUUCUUUUGUUCCAAAAUGUUAUUAUAAAAGUAAUUAAAAUAUUUCAAUAUUAGAUAGACAAGAAACAAUAUCAAAAUUGGAAAAUGAUAAAUGGUAUGUAGAUUUAUUGGAUGAAAAUGUUAGAUUUGGAUUAUAAAUUAAAGGAUAAAUUUAAGGUAUCAAAAUAUUAUUGCAAACCAAAUACUGUAUGAAAGAUUUAGGAGAUUACAAAAUUAAGAGAAGCAAAGGCACAUGGAUUUUUGGAUUUUUGAUAUAUAGAAAUGAAGAACAUUAGGUUCAUUAGAUAGAAAAUCAAUUUUAAGAUGAAUAGAAAUUCUAAUUUGAAAUUAAAAUUGAAACCGAGAAUUCAACAAUAUCAGAUGACAAUAUAUUUAUUUAUUCAACUGAAGAUGGAUUAUCAACUUUAAACACUAUUACAACUUAAAGGAUAUAAGAUAUUAAAAUAGGAUGUAAAAUAAGUUUGUUAAAGUUAUUAAAUAACAUUUUAAUAAUAGGUUUAGAAAAUGGAAUAGUAUAAUUAUAUAAAAAAGAAUCUUAAUAAAUAUAUUAUAAAUAUUCAGAAUUAUAAAUUAAUGAAAGAAGUAUCAUAGAUGCUUAGAUCAUGGAAUCAUCACUAUUGAUAUCAACAGAAGAUAAAAAGUUGAUUAUGUUGAGUAUUAUUAAUGAGUACAAAGUUGAAUAUUAAGUAAUUACUAUAAUAGUAUUUUAAGGAAACCUUUGACAAAUCUUAUAUUAAUAAUAUAAUAUUGUAUAAUAAGAAUUAAAUGAUAACAACAUAAGUAGAUGGAAGGAUGAGAUUAUGGAAACGAGAAAAAUCUGGAUAAUAAUUUACAUUAAAUUUAAGUCGUACAAUUUAAGUAAUGAAAUAAAUAUCUAAAAUAUAAUAAAUACCUUGGGAAACUUAAAAUGUUCUAAUUGGUGGUGAUAAUUUAUUAUUAAUUAAUGCUGAGAAUGGAAAGCAACUCAAAUCAUAUACAAAUAAUAAUAACUUUUAGUAAAAUAAGAUAGUAUGUAUUUAAUGCAUUUGGAAUAAUAUCAUAUUAAGUGGGAAUUCUAAUGGCUAAAUUUUUAAAUAAAAUUAGUACCUUAUUUAUUCACAUUAAAUAGUGGCAAUGGGGAGUUAAUAGAAGUGAUAAUGAUAGAAGAAGGAGUGAAAAAUAUCUUUGUUAACAAUCAAUAUUUAUUAAUCCAUAGUACCAAGAAACUUUAUGUCUAAUGA